CUGAGACCUGACCCUGACCGAGCCCAGUCCGCUGAUACAGAGCCUUCCGUUUGAGAUGAUUAUCUCCAGUGUACAGUUAGUGAAAAUUGCUUGAAUUUCCUGAGAGCCUGAAUUCGCAGUUUGGAUUUUACAGCCUCAGUGGGUUCCACUCGGGGAGUCCGGGGCCAGUUGCAGGAAAAUGUUGAAGAUUUCAGGGUUCAUCUUUCUAUGCACACUCCAAGCUGCACUCGGGCAAGUCGGCCCUCGGGGGCCCAGACCGGUGCCUGGACAACAGGACAGUCCACCAGUAAUCCCACCUCCAAGGCCACCUUCACCUCCGGCCCCAAACAUCUGUCAGAGGAAGAUCCCAUGUCCCAUCAGGUUGUUUUUUACCAUCGACACCUCAGAGACCAUCGCCUUGCAAGUGUCUCCACCUGGACAACUUGUUAGGGUCGUCAAGGAGUUCACUAAGAUCUUUGUCGACAAGCUGAAUGAUGAGGACUACAUGGGCUGGGUCGAGAUCAAAUGGUCCAUAGGAGGCCUGCACUACUCCGAGGACAAGGAGGAUAUCAGCUCCUUCACGACCAAGACCAACUUCAUCAGGCAGUUGGCUAAGAUCGAGUACCUGGGCAAAGGCACCCACACAGACUGUGCCAUCAAAAACAUGACAGAACAAAUGACCCAACACUACUCAGGGACGGACGCCGUUCUCUUCUCCGUGAUCAUCAGUGACGGACACGUAACAGCAAACCCAUGUGGGGGCAUGAAGGCGAUGGUGGAGAAAGCAAGGGAGCAUGGGAUCCAGAUUUUUGCAGUGGCAGCGUCCAGGGUUUUUGACAAAUAUGGAAUGAAAGAGAUGGCCAGCUCUCCCUCUGAUGUCUACCGAGACGACUACAUAGUUGUAGACACUGUUAAUAAUAAACCACAAAUAAACAACAAUACCAUUGACCGUAUCAUAAAAGCCAUGAAACAUAUAGCCUUUUUACAGUGUUACAAACGCUCAACACCAUGCUAUGAGACUCCUGGGAACCCUGGACAAAAAGGGCGUCCAGGAGUAAAAGGUACUAAAGGAGAAAGAGGCGGUCCUGGACCAAAAGGAACAAAAGGUAAACCGGGUGAUCCUGGCAUUGAAGGUCCAAUUGGACGACCGGGCCCAAAGGGAGAUACUGGUCACAAAGGUGAAAAGGGUGACAUUGGAUCAACUGGAGGAAAGGGCACGGCAGGUUUACCAGGCAGAAAUGGAACUGAUGCACAAAAGGGUAAAAUGGGCAGAAUCGGAGCUCCAGGUUGCAAAGGUGAUCCAGGUGACAAGGGACUAAAUGGAUACCUUGGAGACGUUGGUGAUCCCGGAACACCAGGCGAUAAAGGCGAGAGGGGUAGUCCAGGCUUCCCUGGGAGGUCCGGUCCUACUGGUCCUAAAGGUGAACCAGGACCAAAGGGUGAAAGAGGAAGUCCUGGGAGUCCAGGGGAGCCUGGAACCAAGGGGUUUCGGGGGCUCGAUGGUCUUCCUGGGCAAACAGGAGAUGUGGGAAAUAAGGGAGAACCUGGACCAAAGGGAAGACCAGGACGUGAUGGGGCAAAAGGGGACAAGGGGGAACGGGGGCCACCGGGAAGCAGAGGCCAACCUGGGGAAGAAGGACUCAAGGGCGCAAAGGGCAAUGACGGACUCCCAGGGCCAAGGGGUCCGCCAGGAACACCAGGGGGCCCCGGAGGAAAUGGCACUGUGGGAAAUCCUGGCGAUCCUGGACCAAGGGGAGAAUCUGGACUCCCUGGCCCAAAGGGUGACCAAGGAAGAAAAGGAUUCAACUAUCCUGGACCCAGAGGACCCACUGGUGACAGAGGAGAUCCAGGGAGAAGAGGACCCGCGGGGCCUCGAGGUGACUGUGGGGCCAAAGGAGAACCUGGACCAAAAGGACAACCAGGAGAAAAGGGGGAGGCGAGUCAGGCAGGCCAUCCAGGAGAGAGAGGACCCAGAGGAGACCCUGGUCCUGAUGGUGAUCCUGGUUCAAUGGGAGAUCCUGGGCUCUCUGAUUGUGACGUCAUGACUUACAUCAGGGAGACGUGUGGAUGUUGUGACUGUGAAAAGCAGUGCGGGGCCUUGGAUAUUGUGUUUGUCAUCGAUAGCUCAGAGAGCGUUGGGCUGACAAACUUCACCCUGGAAAAGAACUUUGUUAUCAGCACCGUCAACAGACUGGGAUCUAUGGCCAGUGACCCAGCAUCACAAAACGGUACAAGAGUUGGAGUUGUACAGUACAGCCACAACGGGACGUUUGAGGCUGUCCGUCUCGAUGACCCAAGCAUCAACUCCAUAUCUGCCUUUAAAGCAGCGGUGAAGAAUCUGAAAUGGAUCGCUGGUGGCACCUUCACCCCCUCAGCCCUCAAGUUUGCUUAUGACAACCUGAUCAAGCAGACCAAGAGGAGCAAAGCCAAAGUGGCAUUUGUGGUGAUCACAGACGGCCGCUCCGAUCCACGAGACGAUGAAGACCUGUACAACUACCUCUGUGGUCGUGACAACGUGAUAGUGAACGCCAUCGGGGUCGGCGACAUGUUCGGACACGAGCAUCAAAAUGAGACGCUACACUCAAUAGCAUGUAAGGGCGGAGGGCAGGUCCAUGAAAUGAAACGAUACUCUGAGCUGAUGGCUGAAGACUUCCUAAUCAAAGUGGAGCACUGGCUGUGUCCCGACCCGAUUACUGUGUGCCCAGAACUCCCCUGCAAAACAGAACCGGAUGUGGCCCCUUGUGUCCACCGGCCUGUGGAUUUGGUGUUUCUACUCGAUGGCUCAGAGCGACUGGGGAUGGACAACUUCCGGCGUGUAGGUGAAUUUGUGCAGAAUGUGGCCAACAGACUGGGCCUGGCCCGGGCCAAGAACGACCGUAUGCGAGCUCGCUUGGCACUAAUGGAGUAUGGCAAAGAAAAUGAAAACCUCAUCGCCUUCCGUCUAACACAUGACCCCAAUGCAAUCACUGCAGGCCUGGCAGAAUUGCGAUAUUUGGAUUCUGCCUCUAAUGUUGGCUCUGCUAUCUUCCACGCCAUCGACAACAUACUGGCCCAAGGUGAAGUGAGACGCCAGGCAGAAGUUUCAUUUGUUUUCAUAACCGAUGGCAUCACUGACAUCAGAAACCUGGACGAGGCGAUUAGUGCCAUGCGCGGGGCACAGGUCAUCCCCACGGUGAUAGCCACACGAAGUGACAUUGACCAAGAAGUCUUAAUGAAGCUGGCGAUGGGUGACGAGUACGCUAUUUUCAAAGGGGUAGACUUCUCUAGUCUACUGGGUUCCAGGUUGUAUGACAGAUUCAUCAACUGGGUUUGUUAAACAGAAACAACUCUUAACAUGGACGUAUCCAUUUGCAUUGGUGCUACUUUUGUUUAUCUAGCAUCUAAACAUGAUACUGGUUUAUUAUGAUUCAGCUAUUGCACUGUAACAUGUGCACUACACCACUGCUUUACAUUUGUAAGGAAAAGUGUAUUCAUCCUCGAUAUUCUUUAACAAAUACAAGUCAAGCUUUUUUUAAUUGACCAUGAAGUUUCACUGAUUUUUAAGGCAAUAAACCUGCAGUUUGUUGGACACUUCA